CAUUCUUCAUCUUCAUCUCUCUAGUCAACAAGUUUUCCUAACACUACCACCUACCAAGCGUGUAAUUUUGUCGUAGCAUUUGUGAAAAAUGGCAGGCGUUGCCGCCGCUAAUCCUACUGCCUCGCCGCGGCCCCACGUGCUCUCCCAUAGCGGCGGAAUUAGGGUGGACGAUUUGAAGCGCAUACACAUCGGCGAGCUGUCGCAGUCGGAACUUCAAGUCCUAUCCUCCUGCUCCGGCUCCGCAUUCAACGUCCGUCGUACGGACGACGUCGUGACACCGCAGAUCGACCGGUCUCUCUUCAACGAGUCCGCCGGCAGCCGCCGCCAGACGUAUUCCCGCCUCCAUGACCGGUCGCACUCCCGACUUCCCGGCCCCCACCACUCCCUCAAACCCCACCGGCAUCCGCAGUCUUCUUCCGACCCCGUGACCCACUCCAUCGUCUAUUUUCUCAAGCACUUUCUGAACGGAAACUACAAUCCGCCACUCCCUCCACCGCCGCCGGUGGAACAUCCAGAAGCUGUAGCGGUCCAGAUCGACGGCUUAGGGUAUCUAGGGUUACAGGAAAAUUCCAAAAUUAAGCGGAAGAGGAUGAGGAGAGGAAAGAUAAUGAAUAAAAGGAAGCUUCUGGAGAAUGGAGUCAGAGUAGAGCUGCAGGGAGUUAAUGCCAGAGGUGAGGUGGUGGAUUUUGCGGAGUUGGAGGAGAAAGGAGAUGAGUUAUACAGUGCAGAAUUGCAGAAAAGGACUCUGGGAUUGGAGACUGAGGAGGAUGUUCAGGGAUUUUUGAGUGGUUUGGAAGGGCAGUGGUGUAGCAGGAGGAAGAAGAGAAAGUAUGUGGAUGCUAGUUUGUUCGGAUAUGUUCUGCCGAUUGGCUGGAAGCUCUUGCUGGGACUUAGGAGACGUGAUUAUCGCGUCUCUGUUUAUUGCCGCCGAUGCAUAAGUCCCACUGGACAACAGUUUCUGUCAUGCAAAGAGGCUGCAUCUUUUUUGAAAUCCUAUUUUUCGGGUACCGAGGCAAAACAAGAAAGGGAGCAAAAGACUUGCAGCAUACAACAAGCCUACAUAUUGUCUUCUGGGAAGGAUGAACUGCCUGGUGAUGGGACAGACAAUAUGGCCCAUGGUAAAGUGUCCCAUUUAACUCUUGUCAUAGAUGCAUCAAAUUCAGUUGGCAUCGAGGAUUGCUUGAUGGGCAUAGAUAACCUCCCCGAAGUUCAAGUUAAGGAUAUAUUUGAGUGUUUCAAAUGCAAUCUCACAUUCGAUGAGAAAAAUUUGUAUUUGCAGCAUCUCUUCUCGUUCCACCAGAAUAGCACUAAGAGGUACAAGUUUGGGACAUCUAUUGGUGAGGGUGUGAUUAUUAAAAACGGGAAAUACGAAUGCCAGUUCUGUCACAAGGUCUUUGACGAAAGGCGUAGUUAUAACGGCCAUGUGGGUGUUCACGUGAGGAACUCUUGGAAUCAUCCUGAUAAAUUAUCCCUUGCUGUAAAUGUCCUACAAAAAGACGAACCUCCGCCGCUGGAUGCAGUUCCCUCAGGGUCAUCUAAAAUGGAUGUCUCAAUUGAAAUUGCUCGUAAUUCCACUUUCGAGCCUUCCAGUAUUGUCACUUAUGAACAAGCCCCGGCUGAUCAAUCUAUAAAUGUACUGAGAACCGAAGAAGCUCGUUUAGAGAUCACUGAAUCUGUCAAAAUUCAGGAGGAAGAUCACAAUAGUGACCGGGCUGUGACUGAAUACUCGAGUCAUGGUAAUAAAAUCAUGAUGGAAGAUCACGACAUGGUCAAGAAUGAUUUUUCAUGGGAUGUGAAUCUUAAGAUAGAUGCUGGUUGCAUAAAUAAGUCUGAGGAAGCAAGGUCGGGAGAAAACAUUAAUAAGUUUGAAAACAGAUGUUUGAACCCAAAUCACAGUAAUUUACAAGAAACACCUGCGUUAACAGUUGGAGAUGUUGAUUUCCAGGAUGGGGUUUCCCCCGAGCCUUUGGCCCAAUCAUUUCAAUUCUUCCCCACCUUCGAUACUGUGUCAAAUAAGAAAGAACAUGAAUUUUCGGUAGUUGAUCAGAAGCUUGACAAUGUUACGGGGUUUGAAGAACUGAGGUUUGAAGAUUUAGAUCCUUUUAAAGAUGGUUUUGAAAACGGGCAAGAGUUAUCAUCCUUGCCAGGCAGACAUAUGAACUUUGAGAAUGCCAGUGGGAUAGCAGACGAAUUUAAUUCAUCUGUUGUAUUCGGUUCAGAGGAAGUUAUGAUGAACACAGUGGACAUAAAUCAGCUGACAGUGUGUGUGUGGUGUAGAACAGAGUUCAGACUUGAGGGUAUUGAAUCAGAAGCUCCAUCCAAUUCUAUAGGCUACAUGUGCCCUACGUGCAAGGCCAAGAUAUCGGGGCACUUUGGUGGAGUUGGGCUGUCAAUGGAUCCUCAUGAUUUCUGAGUGUGUCCACUGUCCGGAGUUCUUCACAAAAUGGCGAGUAAGAGAGUGAGAUGCAACUACUGUGGUAUGCACACAUCAGUGCCUUCAAAAACACACACAAUUCAGUGUCCCAUGUGUCACCACAUCACCUUUAUUCACCCUAAUAAUCCUCAAAAUCAUCAUCAUGCACAUAACAAAUCCAUUCACCAGAUGUCCGUCAGGUGCAAAGACCUCAUCAACCGAGCAUCAACCAAUAUUAGCACGAUGAUAGCAACUAUGAAUACUCACUCGGGCCUCGGGGGCCCACUGGCUUUUAGCUACCAACAAACAAAAGAUAUAAUCUCACCUUCGCUCGUUCCAGCCUCGGUUUAUGGGAGAAAACGAGCAGUGUUAUGUGGAGUUAGUUACUAUGGACAAACGUGCAGGCUAAACGGGACUGUCAAUGAUGUUAAGUGUAUGGAGUUUUUUCUCAACCAGAGAGCCGGUUUUCCGAGUGAAUCCAUACUCAUGCUCACUGAAGAAUCUUCGGACCCAUCUCUGAUCCCGACGAAGAACAACAUUCGUAAAGCCUUACAAUGGCUGGUCCAAGGAUGCCAGGCUGGAGACUCAUUGGUUUUCCACUACUCAGGCCACGGCUCGCAAAUGGAGGAUUUCAAUGGAGACGAAGUUGACGGGUAUGAUGAGAUGAUUUGGCCCGUUGAUCAUCAGACGGAAGGGAAAAUAAUAGACGACGAGAUUAAUGCCACGAUCGUGAAGCCACUGCCCAGAGGAGCAAAACUUCAUGCGAUUGUAGAUGCGUGCCAUAGUGGGACCGUACUCGAUCUACCGUUUGUUUGUAGAAUGAAUAGGGAUGGGCUCUAUAUGUGGGAGGAUCACAGUCGGAUUUCAAGUAUCUAUAAAGGCACGAGUGGUGGACUAGCUGUGUCGAUUACAGCGUGUGACGAUCAUGAGGUUUCGUGGGAUACAACGGCCUUGUCUGGGGAUGCCCCAACUGGUGCCAUGACGUUCAGCUUCAUCCAGGCGGCACAGAAUGAGCCUCGACUUACAUAUGGCUGUUUGAUAAACACAAUGCGCAGAACAAUUCGCGAGUCUGAAAUGGGAUUUUCCCAAAAUGGCCCUGUCAGGUCAUUCUUGAAGAGAGCUUUGAAACCAAAAUAUCCACAGGAGCCGCAGCUGUCCUCAUCAGAGAAAUUUGAGGUUUACUCAAAAGAAUUUUGGCUGUGAGAGAUAUCAUCUAUUUAAAUAUCUUUGGGGAGAAAUGAGAGUGGCCAAAGCGCCCGCUUCCCAGCGGGCCUAACAUCACAACUCGGCGCAGGACGGGCCAACCCGCGGGCCUAAGUGCGUCUUAAACCAGAUAGUAAACAACACAACACAAAUAACUGUGGAUUAAAAGAUGAGUAAGCAAACGAAAUCCAAUUAUGCUGAAACAUUGUGUGCACAACCUUCUCGACAAAGAAGAACCUUACAGUGGAUCACUCACCUCAAACAAAUGUUGGACGGCGCUAGAAUUAGGUCGGACAUGAAACGACGAAUUUUAUACAUGUGUACAUUUUACGAUUUUUACCAAUUAAUGCACUAAAUUUGAUGUCUGUCAAUGAAAA